AUGGGGAGCCUUGCAGGUGGACGUCUGGAUGAAGCUCAUUGUUUCCGGCCGAUGUGCACUCAUCCUGGCUGCUGGCAGGCAGAGCAGCGCAUCCUCACAGGCAAACCUCGAAUGACAGAGGCUCAAGCCUCGAGCAGGGCCACAGCAAGAGCUUGUGACAUGGAUGAGUUUCCAACCCUCAGUGUGGUCAAUGCAUCAAAGUGGACUGAAGGCAGGAGGCUACCCGAGGUCAAGUCUCUUAGACGUGAAGAUGAUAUAUCCCAGGGUGCUACCAGCACCCUCAGCAGCCUGGAGGAUUUACCCAGGGGAGGAGGAAGACAUGUAAGUGCUCACUACCCCAAGUGCAACGCAGCCACCACGACUCUUGUGGAAACAAACAGAGACAACAAGACAGUCAAGCUCAGCACUGCCCAGAUCCACCCACUGUCCAGUUGCAACAUGUCACAGUGCUCAGAGGUGACAGUGAUGUGGAUUCCCAAUCCCCAUUAUAUCCCUCCACAACACCCCCAAAACAGUGUUAAAUCUCCUCAAGUUGCCAUCAAGGAACUGAUUUGCCUCCCCCCUGUCGAUUGUUCCAAAGCUGGAGCUAAAAAGAAAAGACUGACACGGGAAAAGUCAAGGGAGUGGGUUCAAUUCCACCGAACACAUUUGAUGUCACCAUUGAUGGAGGAAGAGAGGGGCUCUCUGAGUUCGGGGCCGGGUGCUGAUCUACCAGAUCCUGGUUCAGCCUGGGCCAGCCCAAACAGUGACCUCCAGGUAGGGGAGGCCACCGUCUCACCCCGGGACAGCCUUCUUGUUCCUGUAGAUCAAAGUUUGCGUGCUGUUCCUGAGGCCGAAAAUGGUGGGCGGCUGCCCAGGACAGCCAGCACCUUCCACGUCACUACCAAGCCUGUGGUCUUCCACCCUGUCUGGGAGAGGAUGCAGAGAAGGCACACCCCGGAGGACCACCCUGCCUACAAAUACAAACUGGACACAAAGACUGCAGUUGAUGGGAUUGACUGGGAGAGUCUGAAGAGACAGACAUACCUGUGGAGGAAUCACUUCCAAGCAGCUAAUCGUGAGAGGGGACAGCCUCCAUCUUUAAAGACUGAUGCAGGAUAUCUCCAUGCUGCCCCCAAGCCAACUCUAGACUAUGGGCCCAAGGGCCCUCCAUCCACAGGUCCCGCUAAAUGCUGGUGUAUGAGUUGUAUGAACGGGAUGUGGCAGAGCUACAGUCGUCUCCUGGCCUCUCCAUCGGAGCUCUGUGUCUUUAGGAAUGAUGCCUUCAAGUCCUGCUGUGCAACUCACCCCGUCCUGAAGCUUGGACACCAAGCUGUAGAUGAAGAUGGGGAGAGUGAAACAGCACUGGACAUGAGGGGCUUCAUUCCUCCACCAAACUCAAAGCACAGUUCCCAAGAUAAACCUAGUGUUGAACCAACCAAGUUAGUUGAAUUAUCACGGUGAAAAAAUUCUCAGCAACAUCUGAGAUGCAAGACAGAAGUAAACGACCAAAGCUCAGUGGCCAAACCCUGUGGACACUGAAGAGGAGAGUCCAUCAGCAUUCAGCAUUCCUAAAAUAAAUGUGUUCUAUAACAAAAAUGAGUUGUGUCUGCAAAAAGAGGCCUGCUGCAAUUUAACAUCAUC